GUUUUUCCUCCUGCAUAACCUCAAGUAAAUCUAACCCCUUAAAACUAACACUAUAAAUAACUGCCAGUUCAGUAUCCUCACUCAUUACAAACGAGUCAACUGACCAGUCCAAGGCUCAACGUACAACUACUCUUCUACGGAGGACAAUAUUGUGCUUUUUGUGACUCAAUAAAAGGUAAACUGCCUCAUUGCCUUGGCAGUAAAAGCUUUAGGAAUCCCUGUGCAGACUAAGCAUAGCGAGUGUGCAGAGUCCAUAGGAAGGGUCACUAGUUCCCUUGGGAGAUGCAGCAUUCCAGUAGACGACAUCGGGCCUGAAGACUCACCGUGACACUGUACCCUGAAGGAUUUCAGAAUGCUCCGGGGUCGGACCAUCAAACUCGUCCUCUACGAGGUGCUGCAGUUCGCGGCGCUGAGCGUGCCUGUGUUUGUUGUCAUGGAGCGGUUCGCGGCACUAAUGCGUCACGUGAGAGGGGGGGAUCUGACGGCCUACUGGCUGGUGGUGGCGGCGUCCAUCGCCUACGUGACCUCAGUCACUCUGCUGGUGUGGGUCCCUCUCAAGUACCUCAUCAUCAAGCAACGCAGGUUCAUCACGGAGAUCACACAGUGGAGACCAACAACAUUGGCCUAUGUACUGUUGGCUACAUUACCAUGUUUUGCGAUCAUAAUAGCCAGCUCCAAGGUGCAGGUGGACCGGGGACUAAAGUAUGACACUCUCACCGAGCUUCCUGUCUCACUUGUGUUCCUGUCUCUCAUCUGUGUGGACAUCAUAGAAAGGAUUCGACCCUGUCGACUCACCGGCAAAGCGGACAGCCUCGAGUUUGACCUUGACAUCCCCGGCCCGGUCCUCACCCACCUGGAGCAGGUCAGCACGGUGACGGGCCAGCUGUACUCUGACAGAGGCCAGAACGGUUCCGCGUCCCAACCCGACAACAGGAACGGGACCGCCACAGAGCGAUGGGGCGACCGGGACCAGUAUAGCCCGUCAGCAACCAGCUCACGACCUACCAGCGCCGCUUACCUGUACCCUUCUUCACGCUCGCCCUCCGGCCCGCUCCGCUUCCUGUGGGCGCGGGACACGAGGUCGGAGGUCGUCGUGGACAGCUUCCUGUUCUGGAUGGACACGGUGGAGAUGCUGCGCGUGGCGGGGGAGCCUGCCGUCUUCUUUUCUGGCUGGGUGUUCCCCGUCUACAUCCUGGUUUACCUGUCCACGCUGAGACUGGUCAUCACGCCCCACAAUGCCUUGCUGUCCUCGGCCGGGUUUGUCACACAGGACUUCCCUUUCCUUGUCGUCCGGAUUGCUCUGAUUGUUGUGUUUGGUUACGUGACACCUGUGCUGUAUCCUGUGAAGAAUCUGAUGGUGUGUCUCGCGUAUAUUUAUUUCAUUUUUUUGACGAAGCUGAAGUUAUUUGGGAGGGAAAGCAUGUUCUGAGGUUCCAUGUACUGGAGAUCAAACUUUUUAGGUCUUUUGUGGACAGUGUUCAUGGGACAUGCUGAUAGUUGGCCAUAUUGAUUCCCCAGACAGUAGCUUCAGAACAUGACAAUACAAAUGUGUUAAUUAUCAUAAAAAGUGCAUAUCCCUUAUUAUUAACAUACUGUAUGUAAUGUGUUACAUGAGAUUUUUCAUCUCAUCGAUUUUUUUGUACGUUUUUUAUUUAUUGUUACUUCAUUUUGAUUUGUUUACUUCUUCUUUUUUCGGGUGACCAUUGAGAAGUGGCAGCAACUAUC